GAGUUUCAACUCAAUGGCGGCUAACCAGACAAACUUCGUUAAACUUUUAGUCUUCCUUGUCUAUGGAUUUCUUUGGUUUAGUUGUCAACCUGCUGAGGCUGCCAUAAAGAAAUACCAAUUCGACAUUCAAGUGGCAAAUGUGAGCAGAUUGUGCCAUGCAAAGCCAAUGGUCACAGUUAACGGGAGAUUUCCAGGGCCUACAAUUUACGCUAGAGAAGGAGAUAGAGUUCAAAUCAAUGUGACUAACCAUGCUCAAUAUAACAUGUCCAUCCACUGGCAUGGAUUGAAACAAUAUCGUAAUGGUUGGGCAGAUGGACCGGCUUAUAUAACUCAAUGCCCUAUCAAGACAGGAAAUAGCUAUGUCUAUGACUUUAAUGUAACAGGACAAAGAGGUACCUUAUGGUGGCAUGCACAUAUUCUUUGGCUAAGGGCAACUGUAUAUGGCGCCAUUGUGAUACUUCCAUCACAAGGAACCCCCUUUCCUUUCCCCCAACCUGAUAGGGAAGAAGUAGUUGUACUAGGAGAAUGGUGGAAUGCAGAUGUUGAACAAGUGGAGAACCAAGGAAAUGCACUAGGUAUACCUCCUAAUAUGUCUAAUGCUCAUACAAUCAAUGGAAAGCCAGGGCCACUUUUUCCAUGUUCCGAAAAAUAUACCUUUGCCAUGGAAGUAGAAAAAGGGAAGACUUACCUGUUAAGAAUUGUCAAUGCUGCACUCAAUGAUGAGCUCUUUUUCACCGUUGCAAAUCAUACUUUAACAGUGGUGGAAAUUGAUGCAGUUUACACAAAACCAUUUUCCACAGAAACCAUUCUGAUAGCACCAGGACAGACAACAAACGUUUUGGUCCGAGCCAACCAAAUUCCCGGAAGAUACUUCAUGGCUGCCAGGCCUUUCAUGGACGCUCCGGUCCCAGUAGACAACAAGACUGCAACUGCUAUAUUCCAGUACAAGGGCAUCCCAGAAACUGUUAUCCCUAAACUUCCUAACUUGCCUGCUCCUAAUGACACAGAAUUUGCAUUGAGCUAUGACAAGAAGCUCAGGAGCCUAAAUUCACCUAAAUAUCCAGCAAAUGUUCCACUAAAAGUUGAUCGAAACCUCUUCUACACCAUCGGUCUAGGAAUCAAUGCUUGUCCCACUUGUAUAAAUGGAACUCGGUUCUCAGCUUCUCUAAACAACAUAUCAUUUGUCAUGCCACAAACUGCACUUCUUCAAGCUCAUUACUUCAACAUUAAGGGUGUGUACACUACAGAUUUCCCCGACAAACCUCCUACUGCUUUCAAUUACACAGGGGCUCCUCUUACAGCAAACCUCAGGACAACUCAAGGCACAACAAGUAAAAUUGCCUUCAAUUCUACAGUAGAGUUAGUAAUCCAAGACACCAACUUGUUGACAGUAGAAUCACAUCCUUUCCAUCUCCACGGUUACAACUUCUUUGUCGUUGGAACUGGCAUUGGAAACUUUGACCCAAAGAAAGAUCCUGCAAAAUACAACUUGAUCGAUCCUCCUGAAAGAAACACAGUCGGUGUUCCUACUGGUGGUUGGACUGCUAUCCGGUUCAGAGCUGAUAAUCCAGGGGUUUGGUUUUUCCACUGUCAUUUGGAGUUGCACACAGGCUGGGGACUUAAAACAGCAUUUGUGGUGGAAGAUGGACCAGGAUCAGAUCACAAUGUUCUCCCUCCACCAAAGGAUCUUCCACAAUGCUAAUUUUACAACGCGAUCU